UUCAAUAUUAUACACAUUUGGAAAAUAUAUUUUUCAUUUCAUAUUAUUUUGUUAUUUUGAUUUUUAAAAAUUUGGAAAAAAAUGUCAAACGGGGCUGUACCAAAAAUACGAUCUUCACAAUCCACAGCUGGGGAUCGUAAUAGCGAUGCGGUGACUCCUCACAAUCUGAACAACGAAUUAUUUGAACUGAGGCCCAAACCUAAGCUAUUGUGUAUUCCUGAAGAUUGUCGAAGGGCUGUGAAUGAUUUGAGAAAAACGCAAUCCUUAAAUGCCCCCAAGAAGCUGCAACACGCCGAAAAAUCCUGGUCUGUUAUAUUUGAAGCCAAAUAGAAGAGUGACAAAAAUAUGGCGGUUUAAAGCCAAUAUUUUAUAUUAAAAACAAAAACGUAUAAAAGCAUAUUUUUGGGAAUUUUUUAUGAUAUUUAUACUUGUCCUGCAAUCUCCUUAUAGUCAACAUAUUUCCUUAAUUAUGUAUAAUACAUUCGUAUAGAUAAAUAAAAUUCCUAACUUUGCAUAAGAAACUUAA